AUGAAAUCUAAUGGUGGCGAUCGUUCAGUACUGCUCCAAUUUGCCAAAAGAAUGGCAAGCGGCAAGAAAUUUAAAAGGAGAAAGAACAAGAAUAUUAGGGUGGAUAAUGCGAGUACCUCUAAUGAGCUUGGGGAAGAAAAUCAGUCCCAUGAUCACGAAUUCCCGUUUGUAAGAUUUGAAGAAGUUGCCCUCGCAACUCACAAUUUCUCUGAAACAUACAUGAUUGGACAGGGAGGUUUCGGCAAAGUUUACAAGGGGAUGUUAGGUGGUCAAGAAGUCGCAGUCAAGAGGCUAAGCAAAGAUUCUCAAGAAGGAACAAAGGAAUUCAGGAACGAAGUAAUUCUAAUUGCCAAAUUGCAACACAAAAACUUGGUUCGACUUCUGGGAUGUUGUGGUGAGGGAGAUGAAAAACUCCUGAUAUAUGAGUAUCUACCUAAUAAGAGCUUAGAUGCCACCCUUUUUGAUGACUCGAGAAAAUUGUUGUUGAAUUGGGGAACACGGUUUAGCAUAAUCAAAGGGGUCGCAAGGGGACUUCUUUAUCUUCAUGAAGACUCAAGGUUGACCAUAAUUCACAGGGAUCUUAAAGCUGCAAAUGUUUUGCUAGAUGUAGAUAUGAAACCCAAGAUAGCUGAUUUUGGUAUGGCAAGAAUCUUUGGUGAUAACCAACAAAACGCAAAUACCCAACGCGUUCUCGGAACAUAUGGCUACAUGGCCCCUGAGUAUGCGAUGGAGGGCAUCUUCUCUACCAAGUCCGACGUCUACAGCUUCGGCGUGUUACUACUAGAGGUCGUCACUGGUAUUAGGAGAAACUCUAACAGUCAGACAUCAAGUUUUCCUAACCUUGCAGUUUAUUCAUGGAAUAUGUGGAAGGAAGGGAAGACGGAGGAAUUGGCAGACUCAUCUCUCAUGGAUACAUAUUCACCAGACAAAGUUUUGCUCUGCAUCCAUGUGGCACUCCUGUGUGUGCAAGAAAAUCCAGAUGAUAGGCCCCUGAUGUCAACUGUUGUGUUCGUCUUGGAGAAUGGAAGCACCACGCUUCCAGCCCCCAACCGCCCCGCCUACUUUGCCCGGCGGGGCAUAGAAAUGGAGCAAAUUAUGGUUGACAUUCAGAGCUCUGUGAACGAUUGUACUCUUUCGGAGAUACAAGGGAGGUGA